GCUCCAGACGUCUAUGGAAGCAGAGAUUGGCGCCUCUUGCCUGGAGGCGGCUCCGGGUACGGCGCGGCUCCCUCCCGCCCGAGGCAAACCCGCUCCCCCAAGGCGGCACAGCCUGGGCUGCUCUCCGCCUGCUACUCACUGGGCUGAGGAACUAGGUUGCCUUCGAUUGCCCUGCCGCCUCUUCGCCAUCUUCUUUCUCCUCAGUAUUUUCCCCUCAAAGCCCGCCGGCCGACUCGGCCGCCCAACCGCCGCCUCUGUUUCGAUUCACCCAAUCAGAGGCCGCCUUCCCGGUCGCCUAGCCAAUCAUCCGCGUAGGGGUGGGCCACGCGCUUCUACGGCGGCUGCGCCGUGUCAACUGGUCUCCUUUCUCCUCAUUGGGCCAGGGCGCGUUUUUCUGCGGACGGUGCACGGUUGUUUGGCUCGAUUAAAAAAAGGGGGGGGGGCGGAAAAACAACUUCCGGGUGUGCGUGAAGUCGGUUUCCGGGUUAUGCCCGUUUGUGGGUCUCCUAGUUCCGAGUGCGGAAGGAGAGAGUGGCAGUUGUGUAGAAGACAGCUCUGUGGCUCUUUGGAGAACGGUGCGAAGUAUGAAUUCGGAUGAUUCCAUGUCUUGGAGUGGAGUUCACUUGUCUCCUCACCUGCACAGCGAAGAAUGCAAUCUUCUUAUUCAUCUGCUCAAGGAGUGCCACAAGGAGCACUCCUUUAUGAAAUAUUUUGGCCGGUGCAAUGACAUUGACAGAGAAAUGCGGCAGUGUUUCAAGAAAGAGUACCAGGCAAACAGAGCGAAGAGCCAAGCACAUGCAAAAGACCUGAGGCAGAAACUGAGGAAUGCUUCCCAACAGCCAUAGAUCUGAAAGAAGUUGCCAAAUUGGGCCGACGGACCUCAUAUGGACAGCUAGCUGACGGCUAAAGGAGCAUGUCUUCCGGACACCCUAACAGGAAAGCAGUUUAAUCUAGGGUGUUUGGAAUAAAAAUGGCUGUGGCUGGCACCUAAUAGGUCUCAAGGCACUGCAACUGUCUGGUGAAAACUUAGUCUAAUUGCUUUUAGGAUUUGUAGAGUCCCUAAGGUUUCUGUUUGUAAGUAUUUAAAUAGAAACCCUGGGGGGAAACUCUCUCUCUCACACACAUAUGAGGCGGCAGAAACAAAAUAAAGUGAUAUUUUCAUGUCCAA